AUGGUUCAGCGACUCACCUACCGACGAAGACUGUCCUACAACACUCAGUCCAACCGCCGAAAGAUCUCCAAGACUCCCGGCGGUCGUCUGGUGUACCUGUACACCAAGAAGAAUGGCUCCGUCGCCAAGUGCGGUGACUGCAAGCUGAAGCUGCGAGGCAUUGCCUACGCCCGACCUGCUGAUCUUGCCCGACUCUCUCACCGCCGAAAGACCGUCACCCGCUCCUAUGGUGGAUCGAAGUGCGCCAGCUGUGUCCGCAAUCGCAUCGUUCGGGCCUUCCUCAUCGAGGAGGAGAAGAUCGUCACGAAGGUGCUCAAGACGCAGAGCGCCCAGAAGCCCGCGGCUGCACCUGCGACAACUGGAAAGUCAAAGUAA